AUGGCGGCCCUACCAUCCCACGCCGUCAAUGGCACACACGGCCCCAACGGCACCAAUGGCAGCAUGCAUGCCACCAACAAGCACCUCGACAUCACCACACCGGAACGCAACGGACAGCCGUCACCGCAGCCCACUCACUUGGGCGUGCCCGGCGGCAUUCCUCACCGCAUCCUGCAAGAGAAGGGCUCGGGCUACAUUGCCCCCGAGUUCCAGGGCAAGGCACAGCAGAUGGAGCAAGUCAUGGACGCGGUUGAAGCGCGGGGCUUCAUUCCGGUCGAUUUGGUGGACGCAGAGACAAAGUGGUUCUACAACGAACUUGGCAUCGACGACAUGUACUUUAGCACAGAGGCUGCCGACGCCAUCGUGAGCCAUAUCCACUCGCUCUACGCGGCCAAGGUCGCCGCCUAUGCGAGGGACGACAAGAAGCUCGAGAUCCGCCUCGACAAGGAGGCCAUCGACCACGCUGUCUACAUUGACACCAGCACGCCCGGGAUCAGCCAAGUCGACGGCUCACAGUUCGAGCAGAGACUCGAAAACAAGUACCUUGACAGCAAUAAUCGAGGUCUAGACAGCUACCGCGUCGAGUCCUUCCGCUCUCCAAGCAAGAUCCCUGGCGGCAGUGAACAGACGCUUCGCUGCUACUUCGUGUACCAGUCGAGCUUCAAGAACAAGACGCCUCAUCCGAAGGAAACCAACAUCUCUGAGCUGGGUGACGAGCGUUUUCUUCAAAAGGCAACCCCCAACACCCUCGAGGUCUACCAGAGUAUCAUGGAUGCCGUGGUUCUUAGAACUGGCCCGGUCAUUGACAUGUACGACGUGGUCGGCAGCCGUGAGAAGCGCCUCGUCGUCGGCUUCAAGCAGGGUUCUGCUUUGGGCAUGUUCGCCGCCCUCUCUCACCUCUAUCACUACUACGGAUUGACCUCGUCGAGGAAGUAUGUGGAGCAGUUCAGCAACGGCAUCACCAUCAUGUCCAUCUACCUCCUGCCUGCGCCUAGCGUUAACAUCGCUGCGAAGCACCCUCCCAUCGAGGCAAGCAUUCACCAGAUCAUGAAGGAGGUCUCCCUGCUCUACUGCAUCCCCCAGAACCAGCUGCAGCCUCACUUCAACAGCGGUCGUCUCUCCCUGCAGGAGUCCACAUACGCUCACUGCGUCUGGGUCUUCGUGCAGCACUUCCUCAACCGCUUGGGCAACGAGUACAACACCCUCAAGUCGGUCUUGGACCCCAACAACAGUGUGCACGCCGAAUUGCUUAACAAGCUCAAGAAGCGAUUGCGUACUGAGACAUUCACGGCCGACUACAUUCUCGAGAUUAUUAACACUUAUCCCAAUCUCGUCCGUUCGCUCUACCUCGCCUUUGCAAGCGCGCACUACGUGCAGACUCGUGGUGAGCAGGAUGACUUCCUCCCAACCCUGUCGUACUUGCGGAUGAAGAUCGAGCCCACCCUCACCGAUGAAGAGCUCAAGACCCUCAUCUCCAAGACUGCCAUCAAUGAGCACCACGAGAUUGUCAUGACGGCCUUCCGCGUCUUCAACAAUGCCGUCCUGAAGACCAACUUCUACACUCCUACCAAGGUCGCUCUCAGCUUCCGCUUGGACCCAUCGUUCCUGCCCGUGGAGGAGUACCCACAGCCUCUCUACGGCAUGUUCCUGGUCAUCAGCUCCGAGUUCAGAGGUUUCCACUUGCGCUUCAGAGACAUUGCGCGUGGUGGUAUCCGCAUCGUCAAAUCUAGGAGCAGCGAAGCAUAUGCCAUCAACGCGCGGUCGUUGUUUGAUGAGAACUACAACCUGGCCAACACCCAGCAGCGCAAGAACAAGGAUAUCCCCGAAGGUGGUAGCAAGGGUGUCGUUUUGCUCGAUGUAGCUCACCAAGACAAGACUGAGGUCGCGUUCGAGAAGUACAUUGACAGCAUCAUGGAUCUGUUGCUUCCGCCGACCAGCCCUGGUAUCAAGGACCCCAUCGUKGACCUGCAUGGCAAGCCGGAGAUUCUCUUCAUGGGCCCCGAUGAGAACACUGCCGACCUCGUCAACUGGGCGACCGAGCACGCGAGGGCUAGAGGCGCGCCUUGGUGGAAGUCAUUCUUCACCGGCAAGUCGCCCAAGCUAGGAGGCAUUCCACACGAUGCAUACGGCAUGACCACGCUUAGUGUGCGUGAGUACGUCAAGGGUAUCUACCGAAAGCUCAACCUCGACGAGCGCGAGGUGCUGAAGCUGCAGACUGGUGGUCCCGACGGUGACCUCGGCUCUAAUGAGAUCCUACUCGGCAAUGAGAAGUACUGCGCCAUCGUUGAUGGCUCUGGUGUUCUCGUUGACCCCAACGGCCUCGACCGCGGCGAGCUGCUCCGUCUGGCCAAGGCACGCAAGAUGAUUGCCCACUACGACAUCUCCACCCUCUCCCCUCAAGGCUACCGCGUGUUGGUCGAGGAUGCCGGCAUCACUCUUCCUUCGGGCGAGGUCGUUAACAACGGUACCGCCUUCCGCAACACCUUCCACCUGAGAACCACCGAGAAGAUCGACAUGUUCGUUCCGUGCGGCGGUCGUCCUGAGUCGAUCGACUUCACGAGUGCCAGCAAGCUCAUUUCAGAGGGCAAGUGCACCGUGCCCUACAUUGUCGAAGGUGCCAACCUCUUCAUCACGCAGGAGGCCAAGGUCCGUCUUGAGAAGGCCGGCUGCAUCAUCUUCAAGGACGCAUCCGCCAACAAGGGCGGCGUGACCUCUUCCUCCCUCGAGGUCCUCGCGUCGCUUUCCUUUGACGACGAGAGCUUCCUCGAGAACAUGUGCGUCCACAUCGACGGCACCGUUCCUGCCUUCUACCAGGACUACGUCCGCCAAGUGCAGGCCAAGAUUCAGGAGAACGCGAGACUGGAAUUUGAUGCCAUCUGGCGCGAACACGAGCUUACGGGCGUUCCACGGAGCAUCCUCAGCGAUCAGCUCAGCGUUGCCAUUACCAACAUGGACGAGGAGUUGCAGGGUACCGCGCUCUGGGAGAACGAGAAGUUGCGGCGGAGCGUCUUGAGUGAUGCUUUGCCUCAGCUGCUUCUGCAGAAGAUCGGUCUGGAUAAGAUCCUUGAACGCGUCCCCGACAACUACCUCCGCGCCAUCUUCGGUAGCUUCCUGGCGAGUCGCUUCAUCUACACGAUGGGCAUCUCUGCUAGUCCCGUCAGCUUCUUUGCUUUCAUGAACCAGCGCAUGCUGAAGGUCAACGGCGUCAACGGCGCUUGA